AUGCUAAACAUGGUAAAGGGUACUGGAUACAAAGUUGUUGACGAACACAUACUUGGAAUGAACAUAACCCCGGUUUUCGAUCGCACUUGUGCAGGCUUAGAAAGCGGAAGCGAUGAUGAUGUUGAUAAUGAUGGUGAUGAUGAUGAUGAUGAAGAGGAAGAGGAGGAGGAGAAGGAUGGUGAUGAUGAUGAUGAGGAUGAUGAUGAUGACGAUGAUGAUGACGAUGAUGAUGAUGCUGAUGAUGAUGAUGAUGAUGAUGAUUAA